UAACGUUUACAACGUGAAUUACUUUAAGUCACGUGAUAAUGGAAAACACAACAAUGACAAUGUAGACCUAAAGGAGGCGUCAAUUAAAGGAUUUAAAACGCGGUUAAUUAAAAUUUCAUAACGACUGAAAAUGCUUGUGUGAUUCUUUGUGAAUAAGUUUGUAGGAGCGGCCCCAAUGGAAGAGAAGAAGGAGGAGCGUCAGCCCCUACUUGUGAGCGGCGAGUUCAAGGACAAUGACCUACUUGUGCCCGACACAGAGACCCUGCUGCCAGACAGCCUGGACACCAUUACAGGGGUCUACAGGUGCAGAUGGUACAUCAUCAUACUCUUCAGCUACGGCAGUUUUAUUCAGUCUGUUGGCUGGAACACAUGGGGGCCCAUCACAGAGUCUGCAGAAGUGACGUUCCAGUGGUCUGACAGCGACAUUGGCCAGCUAGUCAACUACGCCAACAUCGCAUUCAUCCUCACUGUGCUGCCCUUCUGUUACCUCAUAGACGUGAAAGGUAUCCGGUUCACGGUGCUGAUUUGUGGGCUUCUCAACUUUGUCGGGUUUGCUGUGCGCUGUGUUUCCAUGGAGCCUGGGGUCAUGACCUGGACAGCGAAUGCUGGUGCUAUCAUUCUCGGUGUCGGUGGUACUAUAGGCUUCGCAGCGCCAGCAAAAGUGUCAUCUGUGUGGUUUCCAUCGGACCAGCGGGCCACCGCCACUUCCAUAGCCUCCCUUUCAAAUUUCCUGGGUGUCUCACUGUCUUUCCUUCUCGGGCCGUUGAUCGUUCCGAGUCCAAAAUAUGCGUGCAAUGAUACAAAUAUUAAUAACAGCAGUACGUGGUCACAUGUUCACCACUAUGGCCAUAUAUGGGAGCAUAAUGAAACCAACUGCAUAAACAAAGUUUUAAUCAACAAGGAGCAUCUUGUGACAGAAAUUCGUUAUUUGAUGUACCUUCAUGCUGCAGGGGGUCUGCUAUUCGUGCUGCUGGCGCUCAUAUAUUUCCCUAAUAAGCCUCCCAAACCCCCGAGUCCCACAGCCGCCAUCGCUCGCACCCAGUGGACACAGGGUAUUAAGAGCAUUUUUAGGAACCAUGCGUUCUGGCUGGUGGUGGUGGCCGGGUCGAUCUCCUCGGGCGUGCUAGGAGUCUGGGCCACUGUGCUUGACGUGAACCUCAAACCCUUAGGUAUCACGCAGUUGCAAGCAGGCUACAUGGGCUUCUGGAACACCAUCGCGGGCUGCAUUGCUGGCUUUAUCAUGGCAAGAUUUUCCGACAUAUUCAUGCGGCGCAUGAAGGCGUUCCUCAUCCUGCUCUUUAGCGGCGCCAUCAUUUCUGUUGUUUGGUUUACUGCCAUCUGCAACAAGUACAUCCCCUUUGACGUGGUGUCUCUGUAUGCCUCAUGUAUUCUCAUUGGCAUCUUCAUCAACGCCAGUAUCCCGCUGUUCUACGAGAUUUGUGCGGAGGCCAGCUACCCCGUGUCCGAAGGCAUUUCUGGUGGCAUCUUGACACAGGUCAAUCAGCUCUUCGGCUCAUGUUUCCUGCUCGUCAUGCUUGUCAAAAACAUAGGUGUCGGGUGGAUGAACUGGGCGUUACUCGGCAGCUCAGUGGUGGCGUUGCCUCUCCUAUUCCUGUUCCCGGAACGCUACCCGCGCACCGACCUCGACAUCGUCAUUGAGCACCGUUCCUCUACGGCGGAUAUACAAGCGUCUGAGAACUCGGAGAAACUGGAUCCAUCCUAGUGGCAUCCGCCUCUCAAUGCAAGCGUCUGGGUGAUAUUAGCGUCAAGAACACAGCGCCUGUCUGGUUCUGUGUCAGUGUAACUACAGGUGACCUCAGUGGAAUAUGAAUCUUAUGAGGCACAUUUUUCUUGUUUUAAAAAUGGUUCUUUUACAUUUAAUGUUUAAAAAUAAUAUCCAAAGAUGUUUGAUUUUAUCACACAAGCACAUUUUGGCAUAAUAUGCAUUAUAGGUGUCAUGCACUUGGUAAGAAUGGUUGGUUAGACGGUUUUGAUGAGUUCAUUUGCAUAAGAAGUUAUUGCCUUGGUAAUCAUGUAGUAAAUUUGAACCCAGAUCCAAACUGAUGAAUGCUGCUUGGGUACAGGAGUGUUCAGCAAGUGAAUCAGAAAAAAUACCAAUGUCUGUUAUUUUGUUAUGUUAACAAAUCGCCUUGAGGCCAAUACAUUCUGUGAUAAUAAACUUACAUUUGUUUGCCCCACUCUAGUUAAGAAUUAAGUUUUGCAUUUGUCAGCACGUCCGUUCGUUCAUAUGUACGUCCUGAAGCUUGUGUUUUGAACUUAGGAUCUUAAUGUAUAUAUGAUUGUAAGGAAACAAAUAUGAGCUGCAACGAUUUUUGGCAUAAUAAUGGCUCCUUUUCUUGUCUAAUGUAGAAUGUAUGUUUGCCUAAAGUUUGUGUUUUCUAUUCCUCUUUAAUGACUGGAUGUACAUUGCACAAACUUUCACAGAUGAAUGACGUUAGUAUGAAAGUGUCUGUAAGCAAUACAACUUUGGCUUUGACCUAUUUCUCACAAAUUAUGACCACGUCUGUUUUUAGCUUGGCUGUUUUUGGAGGAAACCAGAGGUAUUGUCAUAGCCAGCUCAUCCGCCGUCCGCAUUGUGCUAAAACCUUAACAUUGGCUCUAAAAUCAAAGUGCUUCCACAUACAACUUUGAAACUUCAUAUGUAGCUGCACCUUGAUGAGUUCUACACGCCACACCCAUUUUUGGGUCACUAGGUCAAAGGUCAAGGUCUCUGUGACCUCUAAUAAAAGAAAUCUUCUGACAAGCUUUUAUUUAUUCAAAACUGCACCCGCAGCCGAGCGUUGGCACUCGCUAUGCGGUGCUCUUGUUCCUCUACAUAUUAUGCAGACCCAAAAUUAAAUGUUUAAACUCUCUUUUAAUCACCGGGUGGAUCUCGAUAAAACUUGUACAGUUGAAUUACCUUAAUGUAAAAAUGAUUUAUAAGAGGAGUUUGGGUUGACGAGUUUAAGCAAAUGUACCAGUAGUUGAUUUGUCCAAACAUGUGUUGUGGGGGCACUGAUGUCUGUUUAAUUGUAUAAGUGUUACAAAUAGAGCCACAAUUACGUUCAAUGUUUUAAAGUUGAUCUUUAACCUUAUUUAAUGCCUUUUAUCUCUUAUUGUAUUGGUUGAUUUUUAUUAUUGGUUUCACGUUUUACAUUACAGUUUGGUAAAUGUAUUUUAUGAUUGUUUUAAUAAAUGAAAUUCGUUUAUCACAAUAUAACCGAUAAUGUACAUGGCACAUUGUGAUAUGGUAUAUUUUAUUUAUGAAAUCAAAGCACUGUAUAUAUUGUAUUCAUACAUUGAGUUUAAUGUGGCGCUGUAUAUAUUAGAAGCCGCGCAGGGAACUGUUGUUAAAUGUUACACUAAAAUAAAAAGUUAUUUUUGU